AUGGCCGCCAAGCGCCGAGCGGCGUUGGACGGCGACGCCAGCCGCAAGAGGAUGAGGGGCGCGGAGACGCAGGGGAAGUCGUUUGAUGCCGGCGCGGGGAAGGUGGUUUUGAGGGAUUGGCCCUCAACCAGCCCAGAAAUCGAUCACAUGGGAGUUGGGGAAUGGGCAGACAGGUUCUAUGCCAUCCUGGAUGACUUGCCAAAUGGCACACCUCAAGGGAUUGGCGCUGCAUUGAGGACGUCCAAGGCAGGUCUUUUCCAUCUUCCUGGGAGUGCAUCGACGCAGCUGCCUCGCAAGGAUGUAUCAGCUGGCAGGAAGGGAUCGGAUGCACCAACUGCGGAGCGCUCUGCUGCCGAGGCUGCUUCUUUCUGGAAUGAAGGGCAGUGGAAAGAAUUCUUGCAUGGCUUGGAUCUGGGCCAGGACAGGUUGUGUUCUGGUGGCAAAGGUCGGCCCUCGCCAACAGAAGAAAAGGGCACAGGAUCAAGUUGUUUGACAUGGGACGUUCGCUCAACCACAGAUGACACAAGGCAGCUGUUGUGGAGCCUUCCAGGCGCUCCGAGUUGGCGGCCGCCCAAGGUCCCCUUCCCAACACUGCCAACACCCCAGAUCCAGCAGCACCAGCUGCCCGAUGUUCACAGGUCAGCCAGCCUUGAUGGCACGCCAUCCACUUUCUUUUCAGGCCCUGCCUCCACAUCCGACUGGCGCCGGCCCGCCUGCACUCCUGCCCAUCCCAACAGCAGCAUGCAGAUGCAACAGCCCCAACAGCACUCCUGCCCCAGCAGCAACAAGCAAACGCAGAACAACCAGCAACAGGCUGGCGCUAACACCAACACCAUCCUGUGGGUGCAGCAACCUGGGCAACAGAAUGCCCAGGUAACACCUUGCACAGCACGUGGGAUCACAGGCGGAGGAUCAUGUGCCUCGCUUGGGGCCGUUCAUCUUGCGACUGGCUCCAACAGUGCAGCCACAGGAGCAGAGAUUGGAGGGGCAGGUGGCAUCCAAUGUGCUGGUUGGAGGGACCCUGGGUGGGUGACUGAAAGGUUGGAAACUGACAGCUCCUGCAGCAGACCUGUGCCUGGCGGUGCUGCGCAGAAAGCUCGUGUUGGUUGCCCAAGCGCCAGCAACGGCGUGCCUGGCAUGCGACAGGGAACAGCAUGGAAUGAGCCGGCAGGAAUUUCUGAUAAGUCACUGGGGACAUAUCAGGGUUUCAGGAAUGGGCAGGGGCAAGGGCGCGCAUCACACGCAGCGACAAAUUGCAGGGACAGAAACACAAGGAACCUGGAAGGACAGUGGAAGGGUGACGUCCUCAAGUCGGACGCCACAGCCUCAAGCAGCGAACAAGCAGAGACUGGCAAAGUCAAAGGCGCAUGGGCCUCUCGGCCACAGAAUCUGCAGCAGAACCAACCAGCUGGCCCAUGGGCAUCUGCACCCCACUGCCAGGCAACGAGCACAGCUCCAGUGCCUUGGCAGGGUGCAGCUGGAGAUGUUGCCAGGGGUACCGUUAAUCCUCAGAGUGUACAUCUGCAGACAAAGCAGGGCCGCGAUAGGUGUGCAGUUGUGGAAACAAGGUGGCAGGACAGCAAGGCAGCAGGCACGCUCAUGUUGAAGCAGGCUCGGAUGGCACGGGCAUCUGCUCGGAGGCAGGCACCUGAAACCCAGCAGGGAUCUCAAAGAGGGCAGGGCUGCAAUGGCCUUGGGAAUGCAUGCACUGACGGUGACCGUGUGUCAAAAAAUGAGCAAAUGUCUGUGUCCGCACCAAACCAAGAUCUAUCUGCCAGCUCUGCAUCACGAGAGGCAGGAAAUCAGGAAAUGUGUGUGGGCUUGGUUUGGCAGUUGGGUCAAGCAGGCAGACAGGAGAAUGUUCGGUGCCCGUGGACAGGUGCACCAAAUCCUGGCCACCAGGCGCCGCACCUCGAUGGCAGACUGUCAGCCGGGGCGAAGGGGCCCAGAAACGGGUACAUGCCUUUUCGCCAACAGCACCAUGGAUCAGUUCCCAGAGGACCAGGCCCCAUGGUUCAGCAGCAAAGGGGCGGAUCUGCUGCUGGAGGGCCGAGGCCGAUGGUUCCGCAACAAGGCGGACAUGGCCAUUCUGCACAAGCACGACAAGCAAUGCUGGGUCCUGGUGUACCAGGAGGCAGAGGAGUCUGGGGUGCAGGGGCUGUGCAGCCGAUGUGCGGUCGUGGUCCAGAGUACCCAGGAGGCAGGCAGCUUUCGGAUCUACCAACAGGGCAUGGCAGGAUGGGUGGCGGUCAGCUGAUGAAAUGCCCGCUGUGUGGUGCAUCUUUCAACCGGCGUGCUGACGACGCCGGCAACAGUCUUUGCGAACUGUGCCAAGAAUCCGUGAUGAGCGACUUCUGA